GUGAUGUUUAUCUGUCUGUUUGUCAGGUGAAACCCAUUGCUAUGUACUCGCACAAAAUCAAGAAACAUCACAAGAAAAGCAGCAGCAGCAGCAGCAGUAGCAGCAGCAGCAGCUCUGAUGAUGAAUUCAAGCACCUGCCAAAGCAUGAGCGUAAAAUGCGGAAGAAAAUGAAAAAAAAAAUGGCUAAAAAUCCAGGAUAUGGCAUGUACCCAGGAAUGAACUACCCUCCAGGUACUGGGUAUCCUGCUCAUCCCCCAAAUCCAGCUUAUCCCCCAGGUAGUGUACCUCCCUCUGGACCAGGCUACCCUGGAUCUGUGAUGCCAGGAUACCCCCCACAAGCAGGGUUCCCACCAGCUCCAGCUGGCAGUUACCCUGGUGGGCAACCACCUUAUGGAAGUAGCCAAGGUUAUCCUUCACAGCAGCAACCUGGGUAUCCACCUCAACAAACUGGGUAUCCACCUCAACAAGCUGGGUAUCCACCUCAACAAGCUGGAUAUCCUCCUCAACCUGGGUAUCCGUCUCAACAACCUGGAUACCCACCCUCUGUGUACCCUGCUCAACCUGGGCAUCAAUACUACAACCCUGGUUCUUCUGGAAGUAAGGAUAACCCUUACCCAGCUGGUUUUGUUGUUCCACCUGGUGGUCAGCCUAGCUUCCCUCCACAACCAUACGGACAAUCAGGCUAUCCAUCUCAGGCCUCCCAACCAGGUUACCCUCCACAGCCUUCACAACCAGGCUACCCGGCACAGCCCUCCCAACCAAGCUACCCAGCACAGCCCUCCCAACCAAGCUACCCAGCACAGCCCUCCCAACCAGGCUACCCAGCACAGCCCUCCCAACCAGGCUACCCAGCACAGCCUUCACAACCAGGCUACCCAGCACAGCCUUCACAACCAGGUUACCCAGCACAGUCUUCACAACAAGGCUACCCAGGAGGUCCAGUUCCUGGUGCAAACACACCAAAACCUGUGACUGAUGAUAUGAGGAAAAUGGCGAUGUAUGGAGGUCACCAAGUAUUCCGCCCAACAGUGGUACCAGCCAACCCUUUUUCUGCAGAGGAAGAUGCUAAAGUGUUGCGAAAGGCUAUGAAAGGAUUUGGGACUGAUGAGUCAGCAAUAAUUUUUAUCAUAAGUAAAAGAACUAAUAAUCAAAGGCAGCAAAUUGCCCAGAUGUUCAAGACAAUGUAUGGAAAGGAUUUGAUAAAGGAUCUGAAAUCUGAAUUAAGUGGGAAUUUUGAGAAUGUUGUCUUAGCCAUGUUCAAAACUCCGGCAUAUUUUGACGCCUGGUCCUUACAUGAAUCUAUUUCGGGUAUUGGAACAAAAGAAUCUGUUCUGACAGAAAUACUCUGCACAAGAACCAAUGCUGAGAUUCGAGAAAUCCAGGAAAUUUAUAAACACUCAUUUAAUCGGAAUCUGGAAAAGGAUAUUAUGUCUGACACAAGUGGAUAUUUUAAACGUUUGCUUGUUUCAUGCUGUCAGGUAAGUGGAAAAUUUUUAAUAUUUGAGAAAAUCGUUGAAGUUUUAGGUGGAUCAGUACCUGUAACCAUUUUUGGCUCUCUUGAACUGAUGGACCUACUGAGUGGAGUAUCUGGCAAAGACAUCAUGGAUGCAAUAAGAUCUGAGACUUCUGGAGACUUAGAAUCUGGUCUGAAAGCCAUUGUAAUGUGUGCUCGAGACAGACCAGCAUAUUUUGCAUCACAACUACAUAAGGCAAUCAGUUGCAUGGGAACUAAAGAUAAUGCUCUGAUCAGAAUUGUUGUCUCUCGUUCUGAGAUUGAUUUGCAGAACAUUAAGGAUGCAUACCAGAGAAACUAUGGAAAGCCCUUAUAUAAUGCAAUUGCUUCAGAUACAAGUGGAGACUAUAAGAAGCUGUUGCUGGCAUUGGUUGGUCAGUAAAAACUUGUGGAAAACAAAUGAAAAUCGAUUUUCAUUGAAGCAUGUAAUCUGCACAGCGGCUCCCUUGUUUGUUUUUAUUUGUUUCAGAAUUGUUAGAAGAAAUUUAUCUUGUUCACUUAUAAAAUAUUGUUGUGAUUUAUUUUUUUAGAAUUCUAUUUUAAAAUUCAAUAAAAAUUAAAAUAUACAUAUAUAAACAUAGCAUGUAGAUAAAUGCAUUCAGAUACAUAUACAGAUACACACACACACAGCUACACAUACAUGCACAGAGAUACAUAUGGAUGUGCUUAGAUAUGUACAUAUAUGCGCACACAAAUUAAUUAUUGACUAAGUGUACAAAACUUUCCAAUGAGUGUUUCAUAUAAUUUGAAUACAUAAAAGAACAACUAUAAACACAGACAUACAUACAUACAUACACAUGUACAUGUACACACUUACUUUUGAGUUAAAUUUUUUGUGUUCUCUUAUGUUAAAUAUGUUCUCUUUAACUUAAAUAUUUUAACAUGUGUACAACAUGCAAAAAUUAUUUUUAUUCUCUGAAUAUUUCUACUUUUCUACAAAUGUACAUUUACUUAGUCAUUCUCUUUCCAUUGCACUGUCAAUAUUGGGAAGACAGUUUGUUUUGCCGAGGCAGUAUAACACUGAAAUGCAUUUGGAGUAGUUUCCAUACUUGCUUUGAGAACAUUACCAUGAAUAAAAGUAUUAACAUUUUUAUCAAAAUAUUCUGCCAGUCUUAGUCAUGCUAAACUAUGUAGUUUUCUCCACAUCUUGAUUAUGUAAUUGUAUAGAUUAAGCUUUCAGAUGCACUAGAGAAAUUAUUAUUCACGGGAAUAACUGAGGAGAUGUGUCAUUAAGACAGCUCUUGAUUUGGCAUAGAUCAUAAAUUAAAAUAAGGGUUUACAGACACAUAGGACUCAGUGAAUAUAUAGACAAAUAAGAAACAACCAACUUUUGCUAUUUUUAAUAUCAAUUGAGCAAUCAUACAGCACAACAACAACAACACAUCAACAAAGAAACAACCUUCAUAACCAAAUACUGACCACUUCUAAAUAGCUGUGGGAGAAGAAGGGAGACAACUACCACCACCCUUAACUUUUGCUGAAGCUGCUCUGAUGCUACUAGUUAGAUUGGCCACAACCUCGACUACUACAGCCGAUAGCAUUGCUGCUGUUAUUACUGUAACCAUUCCUUAAUAAAAACAGACAAUUGCAACUGCUUUAACUACGAGGACACAACAGCCAUAAGAAGGAAUUAGACUUCCAGCACAAUGUAAGAAAAAGCAUAUGGUUUCCAGAACUAAUAUUAUGAAUGAUUAAUUUAAAUAAAUUUAUUUCAAUUUAUUUUCACUUUCCUCACAGAAUGACUAAAUCAUCUUUUAAAGUGAUUGAAACCAGUAGCAUAUUUUGAUAAAAAUGUAAAAACUUUCUUUUAUCCAAUUAUAAAGUUCUGAAAACAUU